AGUAUGCACUUUCAUCCUGGAAAAGCCACAGGCAUUUGACUCCAACUCAUGAGAGCAGCCGCAUGAGCUGCACCCAGGAAAGCCAUGGGGCUGGGACUGCCCAAAGCCUUGGGAGCCCACCCCUCACACCACUGUGCCCAGGAUGCAGGACAUGCUCAAAGCAGAAUGGAAACAGAUUGUAAUCCCAUGGAGCUAAGCAGUAUGGCAGGAUUUGAAGAAGGUUCAGAGCUCAAUGGUUUUGAAGGAACUGACAUGAAAGACAUGAGGCUAGAAGCUGAAGCAGUUGUAAACGAUGUUCUCUUUGCUGUUAACAAGAUGUUUGUCUCGAAAAGCCUGCGCUGUGCAGAUGAUGUGGCCUAUAUCAAUGUGGAAACCAAGGAGAGAAACAGAUACUGCCUAGAGCUCACUGAAGCGGGGCUUAAGGUGGUAGGCUAUGCUUUUGACCAGGUGGAUGAUCAUUUACAGACUCCCUACCAUGAAACGGUCUACUCCUUGUUGGAUACACUCAGCCCUGCCUACCGGGAAGCAUUUGGAAAUGCACUCCUUCAAAGACUGGAAGCUUUGAAAAGGGAUGGACAGUCAUGACUAUACUUUUCCUUUCAGAGGGGCUGGUGCUGGUACAGAAUGUUGACAUAAAGCUUGAAAUUCUUGCAUAUGGUCACAGAAAAUGCAUCUUUGGUUUUGUGUCUUAAUCACUUGCUUCCAACUUAGGCUUUUAGCUCAGAAGAUUAUUGAAUAAUGAUUUUAGUUUCUGUUUCACUAAGGGAAUUCUGAGGCCAUUGCUGUGAUACCAUCAUUAAGACCUUCACAUUUCUUCAUAUAAUCUCUCUGCAUUUCAAAUCCUAAUCAGUAUUUCAUACUCUUAUUACAGGGCUUUGAUGCUGCCAGCACUCUCUUUUACAUAGGAAAUUCUAGAUUUGCACAGUAAUAGAGGAAUUAGAAUUACCUAACUAUACACUUUGAUUCAGCCUGCUAAAUCAGGGGUUCACUACUAGCUUGGACAAACUUUGUAGUAAUGAUUUGCUACUAGCCUUAUUGGAAACAAAUUAUCAACUAGUUUCCCCUGCACAAAUUUUGAAAUUCACUGCUUCACGUAAUCUAUUUAUAUUACUAAUAUGGUUUAAUAAAGAUGAAUUAAUUAUAUAUUACUUAACUAGUAUUAAAUGAAAAACAGGGACUGAAAUAGUUCUGUAUUCCAUGUUUGCAACAGCCAGCCAACUAAGCAGAGGAUAAACCGUUAGCAAAUGAAUGUAAUAAUUACUCAUUUCCUAGAUAUUUAAGCACAUAAGCAAAUACAGGAACAGACUCCAUUCCUUUUCUUAACAAAAAGCAUCUUCAGUGUGUGAUUUAAAAGAAGGAAGAUUCUGGUUUCCUAAAAAACAAUAUUUUGGCCUGUGUUGAUUCUUAUUCUGAAUGUGUGUUUACAUAAUGUAUAGUAUAUAUUCAGAAAGUAUUUUUGCUUCAACGUUUACUUUCUAUGACGUAGUGCUUUGGCAUUCCCACAGCACCCCACCUUCCCCGACAGAUGUACAGUGUUCUGUCUCCAUGCGAAAUCUACAAUGUAAUAUGAGUGCAUUGUAUGGGUUUGAAGCCAAAGGAUGAAUGAAGCAUUCAGAGACUUCAUAUUUGAAAAAGGGAUACUCAGUAUUUUAUAUUUUAUUACAGGUACUGAUAUUUAUAAACUUCAUAAACUGUACCAUGCUGCCACAUGUUGUCAAGUACAUGUUGAACAAUAAGGAUUGGGGAGUUGUUUUUUAAUGGUCGCCUAAAGCAGCUGCUGUAGAAACGUGGAACUGAAAUUUUGCAUCUGGUCACACCUUCAUACAUUUUGUCAUUUGCGGAUAUUUUUCCAUCAUUAUUAAAAAAUAGGAACUUUUAGGCUCUGAAGACCGUGUGGACCAGAGCAAAUUAAAGUUCAGUUUGUGUCACAAUCCAUUGUCGGCCUUCACCGGAAUGCUUUGUCUGAUGAUGUGGAUUCAUUCUCAGCUUUAUUUUCAGAUGCUGAACUGGGCAAUGAAGUCUGACUUCAGGUUGAACUUUCUCAUGCUUAAUCUCAGGCUAAAUGUAAAUGAUAUUUGUAACGUUUGAAUAAAGUUCUCUUUACUCAUUUUGAGUUAGUAUGAAGAAAAGGGAUGAUUGUAUGUUUAAGAAUUGAAAUUGUUCACUUUGUGAUAAAUGAUUAAUUCCAA